ACGUCAAGGGCCAGUCGUUUGUAGGAUGUGACAACUGUGAUCGAAAUAAGUCAAUUUUUAUAGUUCAGACGUGGAAUUUCUACUACUCCGCGAGUAGGACUAGGAACCCUCUAGGCAGUCAAUCAAACACGAUUCCUUCCCAAUGAUGAAAAUACACUUUCGCGAGCAGUACGGAACGAAAGGCGAGGAAAUCCUCUACGUGACCCCAGCAGAUCAGAAAAGCAUCGUUCGGGUGCCACUCAAGGGCGACCGGUUGGUGUAUCGUGAGAGAUUCGCUCUGCUCAAGUUCUUUCAGGGAAUCUUCUUGCCCAAAGGAUAUCCAGACAGUGUGAGCGAUGAUUACUUGGCUUAUCAGAUUUGGGACACUAUCCAGGCGUUUUGUAGCACGAUAUCAGGAACUUUGACGACACACGCUAUUUUGAAGGGAAUCGGAGUUGGAAGUGAAGUGGUCACACCGCUGUCGGCGACGGCCACUUGGGUGCUCAAGGAGGGCACUGGCCACUUCGGGAAGAUUCUUGCUUGGUGGAAAGGGACCGAGUUGGAUAUCGAAUCCAAGAAAUGGCGAUUGCGGGCUGAUGUUAUCAAUGAUUUGGCGAUGGGGAUCGAAAUAUACGUUCUCCCGAAGUAUUCAACCUACUCGACUUUUAUCCUGUGCGGCACUACCACCCUGAAGGCGCUCGUUGGGGUUGCGGGCGGAUCCACUCGAGCUGCAUUGACGAAACAUCACGCGGUUCGCGGGAACCUGGCUGAUGUCGCUUCGAAGGACAGCGCGCAAGAGACCUGUGUGAAUUUGAUAGCUUCGUUUCUGGGGCUCUAUUUGCUUUCUGUAAUCAAGAGUCAGACAAUGCUCUACACCGUUUUCGUCUUGGUCACGUUAAUUCAUAUUUACGCGAAUAUCAAAGCGGUUAAAGCUGUUUGUCUGAAAACAUUCAAUGAGUCGCGCUACCUGAUCGCACUGGAGGAGUAUUUCCGGUCGAAUAGGAUGCUGCCCCCUCAGAAGGUGAACCAAUUAGAACGCGUUACGCUGGGACGUACCGUUUCGGUGUCGCUGAACAUAAGAAUGGGUCUCUCUGCCCAAAACCUUGUUGAACAAUUCAAAACUAGUCACGACAUUGACAAUAUCGUGUCGUCCUUUGAUCCGCACGAGAAGUUCAUCAUCGCCGAGAGCAGAAAGUACCUGGGCGUGUACCUGCACUUCGACACGCGGCCGCAGGACGUGCUGAAGGCCUACUUUUUUGCCGUUUCAUAUCUGCAGGAUAGAUCGCAGCUGAAGGAGCGCUACUGGGAAGUGCAGGAGAAAUGGAAUGAGUUUCUCAACAUGGCCCAGAAUGAAGGCUGGUGCACGACAAACCACCUUCUCUACGUGGACGAGUAUCGUCUCGAUUGGAAGGUCUAAGGCUACUUCGCAUCCCUACCCCCGCUUCCAACUGAAACCUUAAUCCCGAACGGACCAACACUGUGCAAAAUCACAAUAAGAGAGAAUAUAUUUUAAAAUAAAAGACAAGACAGAGUCAGAGCAUUCCUUGCGCAGGUAGAUAUGUUGUCGUCGAAGCAACGAACGUUUUAGGGCAUUUUUAAAGUAGACUAGGAGCUAAGAGAAACAUAGGAGCUAAGUAUAUGAAACAAUUGCAAACAUGUAAGUCCAGAUCUCUCUAUUUUUUAUACUUUCACUCUUAGAAGCCAAAUACGACUACUGAACUUCUCUCUUCGAGGCUAUUUUAGAUAAAAACAAAAGAAAAAAACGAAAGAACUAUCACGACCUGCAGACUUGCGCAGGCAACGAGUUCAUUGCGAUGUUUCCGGCGCGCAGUCUGAAAAGUAAAUAAGCAAAAAAAAAAUUGUAACGUUGUAGGUCGAGUUUUUACGCGUAAGAUUUCUCGCGGUAGAUUUUAACGUAUUUUAGCACAAAGUUGUAUUUUUUUCAAGUCCAAGUGCCGCAUCAAAGUUCUUAUUAUUAUUGAGAAGUGUAAAGCAAAAUAUGCACGAAUUAUUUUAAGACAAUGUUUUGGCCUUGUCGUCAUCCACAGAUGCGACGAGGAGCAAGUCUAUUUAUGCAAUCAUAUCGUUCUCUGAGGAAGAGUGAGGAGAACUCAUAGCUUAGAUCAUUGAAACGCCUUGCAACCAUUCAAUUCCGCUUUAUCGGUUCUAAGUAUUUAAUAUAGUCGUAGAGGAUGUAGUCAAGUAACGGUCGAAGUGGAACCUUGGCACCACGAAUGGACCCCACAUAAAAUCAGGGCAGCCUUACAAGCGAGAGGGCUUGCCACUCUGAACCACUGAGACUAACCUGAAAGCAAUAAACACGUUUCCACCCCAAGCGUUGAUCGAUUUUAUGACCAUUUCUGGUUGCCAACUUGUAAUGAGAAAUGAUAACGUGAUUCGAUAGUUUAAUUAGUUGUAGGUGAUAAGUCUGAGGCGUAAACCGCAUCCCCGGCCCUUCUUCUAACUGCGAUCAGUCGCUCGUUUUGCGAGGAGUCCAAGAUAGAGGCUUGGGGCAAAAUACUAGGCUAAUCCCAAUUGCCUGACAAUCAAAAAUGCCAAAAGUGUUCCUGAAUCAUCCAAUUUGAAGUUGAGUUUAGGGCAACCAACCCGCAAAUCCAACCUUACAAUGAGACACUUCCUUUCAAGGCACAUUUCUUCCUGAUCCUGAUCCCUAGUACUCCCAAUUUCCAACCAAACACCGCAAGAAUCGCAACCGAAAUCGGAUUACUUGGAUAUCAUUUCUCACUCUCACACAUCCUUCGUAGGAAAUUUAUGCAUAUCAGAAAAGAAUGGAUAAAAAUUAAUAAAAUCGGCUUUGAAAUUUUAACUGAGACAAAAUACAAAAAUAUAUUUAGAAUUUAAAAAAAAGAAAAAAGCUACAACUGCAUUUAGCCAAUGAAACUAGCUUUUUGUGUUCCAAGACCCAACCAUCCGCAUUGUGUCAGCGAGAAAGUAGUUUGUGUUUUUUUUUUUAGGGAAAAUCUUUUUGAAAGAUUCUAGUCAUGUUUUUUAGCUUUAUAUUUUCCAAUUAUCACUUUUUCAGUGUAGAGUAGACAAUUUAGUGUAAGCAAGCAUGGAUAUUUCUAGGUGGAAAGUAUUUUUAGGGCAGAGCCUCUGAUGAUAACAAGCACAAGAAACUUUCUUUCAACUGGCGCGGUGAAUAGGAAGUUUUGCAAUAGAUUCCGGUGCUCAACUAUUUUGGAUGUAACUUAUUUCCGAGUUCAUUAUAAUAAAAAUUUGAGAGCAAUGUAAAA